AUGCUGUUAGCCGUUGUUCCGCGUUUUAUCCCUGUGUCGACGAUUGGUUGCGUCUAUUCGAGUCGCUUGCGAGGCCUGACCCCGUCUCCGGAGAGGCCAACGAGCGGUUCAACCUUCUACCAACCGGUUGGGAGACGGACCUGCUGGCAUCGCCGUCGAGCUGGAGGGUGCGUGGAUGACUCGAAGCGGCGUCCGAGUCAGUGGACGGGCAGUCCAUCCGCUCUGGCCGGGCCCGAGAGAGGUGCUGCGACUCUAUUUCGACGGCGGCCUGAAGAGAAGACGACGAGGCCGACGGAAGUGAAGCCCCCCGAGCGG